AUGUAUUACCAUGAGGAAAAAAAAGCGGCACAACAAGAAAUCGGCCACUUGGAGUGCAAAAACCCUACAGCUACAACAUCCCAAACGCCUAGCGGUCAAUCCACCGCCGCCGCCGCCGCGAUGCUCCAUCUCCGAAAGCUCUUCCUCUCCGCAUCUCACGUCCCCACACCCUCCCUCUCGCCCCUUUCCCCGCUCCACCGCCUCCUCGCCGCCACCGCACCCGCUUCCCCAGAGCCGUUCGCCGUCGAGGAGUACCUCGUCACCAACUGCGGCCUCUCCCGGCCCAAGGCGCGCAAGGCGUCCAAGAAGCUCGCCCACCUCAAGUCCUCCUCCAGGAUCGACGCCGUCCUCGCCUUCCUCGCCGCGCUCGGCAUCUCCCCCUCAGGCACCGCCGCCAUCGUCGCCGCCGACCCGCAGCUCCUCUGCGCCGAUGUGGAGCUGAACCUGGCCAAGCGCGUCGACGAGCUCACGGGUCUCGGCCUCAAGCGCUCCCAGAUCGCGCGCCUCAUCCCUCUCGCCCGCGCCACCUUCCGCAGCUCCUCCCUCGGCCCCAACCUCGCCUUCUGGCUCCCGGUCUUCGGCUCCUUCGAGAAGCUCCUCGGGGCCAUCAAGGCGAACGGCGGCAUCCUCGGAGCGGACCUCGAGAAGGUCGCCAAGCCCAACCUGGCCAUCCUCCAGCAAUGCGGGAUAAGUGUCAAAGAAUUUUCAGAUACAUACCUUACCCGGGUGCUCACUCGGCUCCCCGAGUACGUCCAGAAUGCCGUGCUGUACAUCGAUAAGCUUGGCGUGCCCCGGGAUUCCCCGAUGUUUCGCUACGCGCUCAUGGCGUUUGCGUUUCAGAGCCAGGAGAAAAUUGACAGGAAAAUGGGGAACCUUGAAAUGCUUGGUUGGUCACAGGAUGAUGUGUUGACUGCUGUGAGGAAGAUGCCGAGUAUCCUCACUAUGUCCGAGGAAAGGAUGCAGACAACUGUGAAUUUCUUGACAAGGGAUGUUGGGCUGGAGAUACGCUAUAUAGCUCAAAGGCCAGUUCUGGUCAUGUAUAGCUAUCAGCGCCGGUUGUUGCCACGGCAUUCCUUGCUAAAUAUUCUCAACUCGAAGGAUUUGCUUUAUCCUGAGCUUGACUUCUAUUCUAUCGUCGCGCUGACUGAGAGGAAGUUUCUGGACAAGUAUGUGCAUCCUUAUGAGAAGAGUAUUCCAGGCCUUGCUGCGACUUAUGCAUCUUACUGUGCUGAGAAGGUGCCGAAUGAAGUUUCUACCUGA